AUGGAAAAUAGACGUAGAUCCCAGUCGUCCGUUGGAGCCCCGGUCUCUGAAUAUGUCCACUCAAAACUAUCAAAAACAUCAACAUCAUCAGAAGUGAUGAGUGCUACUCAUAUUGCUGAUCUCCCCGAUGCUUUGUUGGCGGAAAUAAUUUCUCGGCUUCCAAGCAGUAGAUUCGUUUUUCAAUGCAAGUGCGUGUCCAAGCGUUGGCACACUCUCAUCUCGGAAUCUUAUUUCAUCGGCCGCUUUCUAGGUCUCCAAAUUGACAAGCAAACGCCGAUCAUACGCACUCUGAUAAGCGUGGAAGGAGAAGAUUUACUUUCGAGACUGACACCAUCGCCAUCAUCGUCGUCGUCAAAGGUGCUAACUCCGAUGUUUGAAAGACUCAAGAGUUUCCACGGAUUGAAAGAAGGUCCGUUUGUGGCAGGGACGUAUAAUGAUUUGGUUUUGUGCCGCGACCACAAAUAUUUCGCUCGUUCGUACUACAUAUGCAAUCCGCACACCUUGAGCUGGGUUGCGCUUCCUCCAGCCCCUACCCGAAGCAACAAGAUAGCACACGUGGGAUUCGUCUGCGAUAUGCCCUACUAUAACUACGAGGAAGGCGAUACAGAAGGACGACAUGUCGUGCGGCUUAAUGCUCAGUACAGGUGCAAGGUUGUUAGAAUUCUUCCUCCUAGUGAUGAGGAACUUACCUCCGAUAAGUUUUUAAUAGAGGUAUUCUCUUCUGAGACGGGAGAAUGGCGAGAGUCAUUAAUAUCAUGCCCGAGAAAACUCCAUCAUGUUAUGUUUGAUCGCUUCGGCUUUGCUUGCAACAGAAGGUUGUAUUGGUCGAAUUACGUUAAGGGCCGUCUUCUGGUUCUCGGGUUGGAUCUGUUCAACGACGAUAACAUCACUGUCACUAGUAAAGACGGCGGUGUUGACGGUGAAUGUCGUUUCAUUGUAUUCGAUAAGCCUAUGGAUGAACACUCCAUUCAGUGCCUAGGUGAUCAGUGUGGAGGGCGUCUGCAUAUGUAUGAGCUGGACAUUGUCGGGAGAAGUUUGUACGUUUGGGAGUUGAAAGAAGAAGAUAAUCAAGGAGAUGGGAAAUUAUGUUUGAGUGAACACAGGGUUUGUUCCUUGGACCCCGAAAUGUACCACGAUGAUGCAUAUCCACUUACAUUGGCAAGUGUGGACCCAAAUAACAAGGAUGUUUGGUAUCUGCGUGUGAAUCAAGAUAUUGUAAUGUGCAACAUUCAUACAAGGGAGUGGUCAACGAUAGCUGAAAAUAGUGCAAUUGUUACGAGCAUAUACUUCUUCCCGUAUGUGCCGUGGUGGCCGACACCCGUUCCUAGACUACCACAGCAGCGUGCUAAUCGGCUAGCCCGCGGAGAGGAAUUAGCCGCGAGCUAG